AUGUCAUCAACUCCUCGCAGCGGCAAAUCCUCAUCCACCAACGCCCUCAAGCGUCUCACUCACGAACUUCAAGACCUCCAAUCCUCCCCAAAUGAAGCAGUCCUUCACCUUGGCCCCGUCAACGAGGAAGACCUGUUCCAAUGGGAAGCUGUUUUAAAAGGUCCUCGAGACCCGGCCUCUCCAUAUAACGGCGGCUUAUGGCUUCUUUCCAUUACCGUGCCGCCGACCUACCCAUUCGCCCCUCCCAAAGUCCAAUUCAUCACACCUAUAUGCCACCCGAAUGUGCAUUUUUCCACGGGAGAGAUCUGCCUGACACUGUUAAGUGGUGAGCACUGGGCACCAUCGUAUACGCUAAGCACGACCAUGGGCGCGAUUCAACAGCUACUCAUUUCUCCGGGAUUGGACAGCCCUUUGAAUGUGGACAUUGCGAAUCUGUACAGAGAGAAUGAUGCUAUUGGCGCAGAGAGCCUGGUGAGGUUUUGGACGGGCGCGAAGAGGUGGGCUGGCGAGGGUAAAGGUGGGUGGCUGAGUGAGAAGAGGAGAGGAACAGGAGGGAAGUUGGGGGAGUAA